AUGAAAUUCGGAGAGGCGUUCAUGGAAUACCUGCAUAACGAAAGAGAGAGGUACAGCGUCCUGGAGAAAUGCUCGCAUGUCGAGUAUAAGCGUUUCAAGAAGGUCCUCAAGACUUGUCAGACUUGCAAGGAUGAAGAUGAGGCUGCUGCUGUUGCUUCUUCUCGUCAGAACAAUCAAAAUCAGAUUUCCUGUCAAUGUCAAUCUUGCCCUGUGUGUGAUCAGACAUUCUUCACAGAGUUGAUGAAGGAAGCUUCAGACAUAUCUGUAUGCUUUAAUUUGAGAGCAAGACAUCUACUCCAUCUCCAUGUUGCUAGUGGAAUACAAAGAUACUUGCUGCGGUUUCGGCAAUGUUUCAAGUAUGAUCAACAAGCCAUGGUUGAAGAAGGGCGGAUGUUGAUUGAGUAUGCUACAAUGAACGCAGUUGCUAUCAGAAAAAUCCUUAAGAAAUAUGAUAAGGUACAUUGCUCCGAGAAUGGCAAGCAUUUCAAAUCUAAGUUGCGGGAUGAACAUGUUGAGCUUUUGCAAUCACCUUGGCUUAUAGAAUUAGGUGCUUUUUAUUUGAAUCUUGAGGGAUCGGAUGGCGGAGAGUUUAAUGAGCUUUCUAGUCACUUCUCUUGUGAUCUUGAUGCAACACCACCUAUAAUGGCUUUGAUUCUUCCUGACUCUCUAAAAAUCGAAUAUGAUCUGACUUGUGCUAUAUGCUUGGAGACUGUAUUCAAUCCAUAUGCUUUGAGUUGUGGUCACCUUUUCUGCAAGUCUUGUGCUUGCUCAGCCGCUUCUGUGUACAUUUUCCAAGGCCCAAAAACUGCAGACUCAUGUUCAAAAUGCCCAAUAUGCAGAGAGACUGGAGUAUAUGCUAAAGCAGUGCACAUGUUAGAACUAGAUCUGCUCCUGAAAACAAGGUGCAAAGACUGUUGGAAAGAGAGGUAUAAUGCAGAACGUACAGAAACGGUGAAGCAAACUAAGGUGUUUUGGGAUUUACAAGCCAAAUACGCACUGUACUGA